GGGUGGUAUGAAAAAUCAUUUAGUGCCUAGCGAGCUCAAGAAGAAACACGUCUUUUGUCUGAUUUGAUUAAGGCCAUAUAGCUGAAAUAGUGCCCGUACGAGUUAUCUGCCCCUGGUGAUGUCGUUAACCUAGCGUAAACGGGUCGUGAUAUCAACACGAGAAGACGUCUAAUGACAACUGUCACUGCUUUAAAGGAUAAUUUCUGACCAGAAACACUGACAACAAUGGACGAACCGAUGGAGGAUAUGCAACCAGAUUCUACACAAGAAAGUCAAUCCUCAGAAACGACAAGGAAAGCGUGUGCUCCUCUCUUGAGACCAGGGAGUAUGGUGAUGAUGACGCUGACUCCUGAAGAUUAUCAGAAUGAAUACUGGCCAAAGCUGCAGGGAGCUAUUGCUCAACUCCUGACCAUGGACCCCGGAAGUUAUAUCCCAAUAUCAUAUGAACAGAUGUACAGCUGUGUGUACAAGUGUGUGUGUAAACAGUUCUCGGAGCGGCUGUACUCCGAUCUGCUGGCCUUGAUGACGUCACAUGUCCAGAUGCUCAAUACACAACUCGAGGGCAAUAUGGAGGAUUCAAAAAAGUUUAUAGAAUGUUUCUCCUACACAAUGCAUCAGUAUCUCCAAGCCCUGGCUGUCAUCGUCCCCAUCUUUAACUAUAUGAAUCGAUUUUAUGUAGAGAACAAGUUAAAGAAGGAUUUGAAUGAGGAAUUGCGGCGACUGUUUCGAAUCCAUGUGGCAGACCAUCACAUCAAUAACUUACUGCCUCUCUUGGAAGAAGUCAGCUGCCAACCAUUCGCCAUCGCACCACCUGUGAUGGCUAACCUCAUGAGAAAUCUUCACUCAUUAAACUCAGAGUAUGUGAGAUUAAAACCAGCUUUAUUUGCUAAGUUCAUACCCAGUGUUCUUCCACCAACCUCUGUGACGGAUUUAGAGAAAUAUAUCGACGAGGUGCAGCAGAUGCAGAGGGAUAUACACCUACUUCCUGACUUUGCACACCAUGACCAGAGCAGGAAGCGGGGUUGUGAGGAGGACAUCUCUGUCAACUGACACAAGAGUCCCAAAAGCAAGCAGUAAUUCCCUGUCACCCCUUUGUGGGUAAAAUGGAACACAUCCAUGAACAGUUUUGAUGAAGAGACUGGAUGAGUGUAUUGCAUCUAGGAGGGGAGUUGUGUGCUUGGACUUGAACUGUGAUCAUGCAGGAAUUAUAUGCAAACUACAAUCCCCUAAUAAUUCAAGAUAAAAGAAGAGUACAUCCAAGAUGUGAAAGGGACACUGGAGACUUUGUGUUGCUUCUGUUGGAAGAUGAUAGUCAAGUGUUGUGACCAUAACCAUUUGGGACUUGUGAUGGUUCUCUAGCCACGAGUCUCAUGUUCUAGCCACACCAUCUCGUGUGUUGUGUUUUUGACGCUGUGAACGGGCGUGAUGGUUCUUGAGCCACACCAUCUUGUAUUGUGUUCUUGACGCUGUGAGACUAAGGGAUGUGUCAGGGCUCUCUGGCCACACCACUAUGUAUUGUGUCCUUAAUUUUUCAGAGUUAGAUAAUCUUGGCAGUUCUUAAACCACGGGGAAUGUGUUUGUGUGUUUGACACAUUUAAAACUUGGGUCACACAUAGGUACCCAAGACACUAUGGUCUGUACUGUGGUGUGCAGGGUUGUGUCCCUUUGUCAUGCCAGGAUACACUGGUCAUAGGUUUGAACCCCAAAUUGGCCCCAGUUACCAAUCAGGUUCUGAAAACAACACAUCAUUUAAGUUUAACAGUCUGGUCCCACUCAGCAGUAACUCUAGCCCAGGUGGCUCAAUCACUGUGUGUAGACAGAAACCAGAGAACCUUCCAGAUCAUGGAUCCGAGCUUUCUGCUGAAGGAUGUGUUUUGAUUGGACACUUGAGCAGGUGUAGUAUUGAUGGAUGGCUGAGCCAUGACUUCGCUUCCUGGAUUGUCCUUGACUCAGUUUUGUGCGUGUUUUUCAGCGGAGCACAUUUGCUGAGUCCUGGAUCAGGGUAUGUUCAGCUGUUAAUGAAAUCGGGGUCAGGGUAUGUCAGGGUUCGGCUGUUGUUUGGUCCCCAUUUAGGACUGAUAGAAUAAGUACGGUCUUUAUGUACCUUUGAGGAACAAUGUCAAGCCCAAGACACAGGUGACAGGGUUAAGGGUUAAAGUUCUGGGUGUUUUUACAUGUACCAUUGGUCACAAGUAUAAAUUGCCCAAAUUAUUUAUUUCAUUUGGCUAAAUUUUAUGCAGUAAUUGACAUGUUUGAUGCAAAGGAAUUCAUUUUAAAUGAUAUUAGCCUGAAGUUACAAAAGUGAUGAAUCCUCGGCAUCAAAUGCUCACUAACACACAUGAGUAAACACAGUGUGUUUAUUAACAUUGUAAAUACAAAAGAAAUCAGUACUUUUUGGCAGCACUCUUACUCUGUGAAUUCUGUUGUGAAUCUGUCAGUUUGAUUUGCAUUGUAUGCAUGAUGUCAUCAAAUUAUGCAUUGUAUCAAACAAUGUAUCAAACAUGCAUGGCAUCUGACAAUGUUGACAAACAAUGCAUGAUUUUAUCAAACAAUGCAUGUGGUUGAACAAUGCAUGAUGUCAUUGAACAAUGCAUGUGAUUAAACAAUGCAUGUCAUUGAAAAAUGCAUGUCACCAAACAAUGCAUGACAUCUACAAACAAUGCACGAUGUCAUCAAACAAUUUUUGAUGUCACCAAACAAUGCAUAACAUCUUCAAACAAUGCAUGAUAUCAUCAAACAAUGCAUGAUGUCACCAAACAAUGCAUGAUGACAUCAGACAAUGCAUGAUGUCAACAAACAAUGAAUGACAUCUUCAAACAAUGCAUGAUGUCACCAAACAAUGCAUGAUGACAUCAAACAAUGCAUAACAUCCUCUCAAAUGAUAGAAAGUGGUAGUGACACUUUUCACAUCUGAAUUAGGAACCAGUUAUUUGCUGGGCACUCUAGGAAUUAUGGUGAACGAGCUCAUCAUGUUUCAUGGCUGGGCAGGGACACGGAGUUGGAGCCACUUGUUGCCAGUUGUUGGACAUGCACAUGUAUGUUACUGCUGUGGAGAUACUGCUUCAAGUGUUGGUGUUAAUACAUAAAGAUUUGGCCUCAGCAGAAUCAUGUGAUAAGGCCAGGCUUUUUAAAAAAAUUUUUUUAUGAAUCCUCCGAUUCUCCCCAAAAUGUAAAAUUUGAUGAAGUGAAAAGCAGUCAUUUUUUUUUUAUCCCAGUUACCAGAAAUAGGUAAAUUGUUAAAAAGGUUAACUCAUUUACUGUUGCUAUAGAUUAAAUAGAUUAUUUAAAAUACUAUAUAUGUAAUUAAAACCUCUUGAACGAAUUAUAUUGAAUUCCCUACUCCUUCUUUUUGUUCUUACCUACUUAACAUUUGGAUGAUAUCCAUAAAAUAUCUGAAUUUGGAUGUAUUCUUAAAUUUUUCGACCUUCUGACCUGAAUGUUUUGGUCAAAAAUCUGUAAACCCCCAUGGGACAUGAAGCAUAUUGUACUACAUUUGUGGCAGUGUUGACAAGUUUUGUCUCAUCAUACAGGGCAGUUACAGAUAGCUAUUGGUGGUCCAGUGGUUUUGGCAUGGCAGGGUCAGCUGGUCAUGUGUUCAAAUCCCACAUUGAUCAGUUAUUAUCCAUGGUCUGUUGGCCCCAUUCCUGUGGUUACAUCAAAUGAUGGUAGGAUUAGCAAUUCGUGGUCAGAAUCUGCGAUUCCCCCUCAAAACCCUUGGUUUAUCAGAACCAGAUCGAACCUGUGUUAAUCUGACACCUUGAUAGGACUGAAAUUCUGAUAAAUGUGACAUAAAGCACAACUCACUCAUUGCCACCACAUAAUGUAAAACGGUUCUUCCCAAUGGAACACUAUCUGGAGGUAAUAGACACCUUGUGUUUGUUGUACUAUAGUGUGUAUAUGUGUAUAAAUUAUGUGAUCAUUUGCUGUAUAUAAACAACUCCAGCUUGUGCAAACAUACCUGUAACCUUGUACAUUAUUGUAGUACACAUGUUUCCAUUGAACCACAGCCUUAGCUGCAGUAGACCUGGUGGUGUGUAGCAGGGCUGGGACGAGUCCAAAUUUACUACCCGGGUACCCAUCCCCCUAUUACCCGACCCUACCCAGGUACCCACUGUAGGUGUCAGGAGAGAGAGUAUUUAGAUACAUGUUUGAAACAAUCGGG